AUGUUGGAAUGCGACCACCUAAUGCUGCCGGAUCCGUACAAUCCAAUUGUGGAGGGGCAUAUACGGGAGACUGAUUUUUAUCACAUUUUUCAAAUUGGAGUUGUCCAAUGUUUGUCAGCAUUGGUUAAUGCUCUGGUCGAGAGAUGGCACCCUAAGACUCACACAUUCCAUUUGUCGGUUGGUGAGUAUGUUGUAACGUUGGAGGACGUGGCACUAAUUCUUGGUCUUUCGACGAAUGGUCUGCCAAUUACAGGACCGACUCUCAGUAGAUUUGAGGCCAUGGAUGCCGAAUGCUUAGAUCAGUUUGGUGUUGCACCUAUGAAGUCAGACUACAAGUCUGGGGCAGCUGUGCACUGGAAGCUUCUUCCGUUGCUCUAUAACUUCGCUGGGAUCAUACAAUUUAGUUGGGGAUCGGCAUGCUUGGCACACCUGUAUAGAGCAUUAUGCAGGGCAUCACGUGUCGACUGCAAGGAGGUUGAUGGUCCAUUGACACUGUGGCUUACCUGGGCUUUGAUCCGUCUAUCAUUUCUCGCGCCAAUUCCUGGUGGCGCAACUGGGAUCAUUAUAAUCGGCCUUACAAAUGAGUUCCGUCUACCUGCACUAUUGGCUUGCAAUGUCUGA